GACAGACAGAACGUUGUAAUGGACGUCUAGAUCAUAUGUGUAACCAUGAGUCUUCUCUGGAUUGCAUGGCGAUGUUCGAUUUACUUCAUGGUAGCUACGCGUUCUAUGAGCAGACCGUUGAUGAUUUACCUAUUGCCUGACUCCUUCUCAAAACAACUCCUUCCUUACCUCUUCACCUCGCUCUCACAGACUAGUCCGACCGAAUGAAUGUCUAGUCUAACGACGUGUUUCCAGUCAAAUCGAAGCCAUGUCCUUCGUCCGUACAAAGACAGCAGAGUCAGAUCACCUGGUCAGCUGCGACGGCGCCAGAACGACAAAAUGGCAGACCCCUCAAACCGGUAACAGCGUCCUGGAAAUCCAGACAUAUCCCGACUCCUCCGCCAUCACCAAGUCCCAACGCGAGCAACUUGUUCCUCCUUACCACUGGCACUGGUACCAGGAAGAGCACUUCACAGUGACCCAAGGCACUUUCGUUUUCACGCUUAACGGCAAAGACACCAAGAUCUCUGCUACAGACCCGAACCCACGCAUCAACAUCACACCAGGUGCUCCCCACACCUUCGCUCCAGACCCAUCGUACAAAGGUCCAUGUGUGAUUGAAAUCUCAGCCGAGACAUCACCCCUCUCAUCAGAGACUACGUCCACCGAUCUUGGUGUCAGCGAGCGCUUCUUCCGAAACCUGUACUCUUAUCUCGAAGACUGCAGUCGUCAAAACACCUCUCCCAGUCUUCCUCAACUGUUGCUGUUCUUGGACUCGGCUGAGGUGAGUUUGGCUUGGGAUGUUGGUCCGAGAUGGCUGAUGCAGUAUGUGACUUAUGGUCUGGGUGUCGUGAUCGGCAGAUGGAUCGGUGGAGGUCUGUUGGGAUACAAGGGAUCGUAUCUUGAAUACUAUAACCCUGAGCUCAAUGAGACCAAGAAGGGCAAAUGAGGUUGCAGACAGCUUGUGUGAGGGUACCACAGGCCCUCCUCUGUAACUUGUCGCAUAGACUGCUUGUACAUGAUUUUAUGCGAUAGUGUGUGUUCCUUUCGAUUUACCGACUUCCAUUUUGGCUGUACGAGCGCCGAAUUGA